AUGGAAGUUGAAAAGAGGGCUCUGAUGAAUAUAGGAGUGAGGAAGAAGGCGGGAAUUUCCCGGGAAAUUAUACAAUCGGCGUAUGCUUUGGCGGGAAUUUGGGGGUUUUCCUCUCGGAGCUGCGCGUGCUUGUCCGUUUUGGAAAAACGGUCGUUUUUUUUCAUUUUUUCUGCAAAUCAAAAUCUUGUCGUUGGGAUUUCCAUCAAUAUCAACGCAAAGAAGGUACUAGCCUUCCAUUGUUCACAAUCACAACCACCAGGUCUCAUGAAGUUCAGCUCAUUGAUAGUGCUGAGGCCUGUUUGUUUCUUCAUUGUUCUGCCAUUUGUAGUACUGCUGCUACCCGGUUUGGUGAUCCCAUUUUGGAUUACCAAGGUCAGAAGAGUUGAAGAUGAAGUGAAAUUGAUUUCACACCAAAACCUACUCUCAGAAAUUGAAAAUAUAGCUGCGGUGUUUAUUCCGAUGAAUUCAUCGGCAACCAAUUUAGUGAGAGUUUUUAGUUCAUCUAUCGACGAACCCGAACUUCCAUUCUCUAGUAUUGAAACCAAGGUGGCUCCUGUACUGUUUCAAGCAUUAUCAACAAUCCCACACCUAUUACAGAUUUCACACAUUGGAUUAUAUGGUUUUUUCUUCUCGUACUACACAAAAGGUGAUCAACCUUUUGCUCCGGUAAACCGGGACACCGGGAAGCUAUACGGUGAAGCUGUGGAGUCUCUUCCAUUGGUUACAGUUAAGGCAAGCUGGUUUCAAGAAGCUCUGAAUAGCACAAAUGGGAAUGCUUCAAUAGGAACUGGGUGGAUUAACGGUCAAGAUCUUCUGUUCCUUAACACGGUGGGUAUGGAUGGAAGAGGAGCUAUCUCUCUAGGGUUUCCAGUGAAAUCAGUAUUGGAUUUCUUCUCCGGUGUAAGUCGCAAUGGAGGAAGCUUGUAUUUGGCAACAAUGGAUGGGAAAGUACUCGGUGAAGGGAUCCCAAAUACCCACAUGGUUCUUGUUGGUAAUUCGGUUUCAAUUCAAUUGCUGAAACCAAACGGUGAUCAAAUAGGCCAGGUUGGUAAUGUUACAUGUGAACCCAAUGAUGGUGCCUUAAGAGCUUCUAUCUUGAACAUUUGGGAGAUGAAGUUUAUGUUUUAUUGCUCACCGAUGGAAAUCCAAAUCCUUGGAGUGCAAUCGGUAUGUUUCAAUUCAAUGCUUUGGAAAUUUCGGCCAUUUUUUGUUUGCGUCCCAAAAAAUAAUAUUUGA